GAUGGAUGGCUAUUCCAUUAGCGUAAUGGGAAGCGCACGGGCAGCCAGCCCCCCUCUGCGUCAGCAAGAGGAGCUGCUGGGCGGUCUUGUAGGCGGCAGGUUCCCGAGCCCGCAGAGGCAUUUCCCAGCGGAUCCGGUCCUCCCGCCCGCCCACCUCUAUUGAUCCCGGUCCCCGUUCAGUCCACGGCACGCUCUCGGCUCCCAGCAAAGUUGCCUUGCCUCAGCCUCGCGGCUGCUUCGGCGCGGAGCCCUCCUGCACCCUCCAGGCGCCCGGCCAGGUAGGCGGCGAGUGGAGGGGGUCACGGCAGACUCCUCAGCAGCAGUCGCGGCAGCCGCCCCAGGAGGACGGGCGUGGGGGGAGGCGGGGAGCACCAUGCAGCUGUGCCGGGGCCGCGCGUUGGGCAUCUCGGUGGCGGUGGCGCACGGGGUGUUCUCGGGCUCGCUCAACAUCCUGCUGAAGUUUCUCAUCAGCCGCUACCACUUCGCCUUCCUGACGCUGCUGCAGUGCCUGACGAGCUCCACGGCGGCGCUCAGCCUGGAGGUGUUGCGGCGCCGGGGCGUCCUGGACCUGCCGCCCUUCGGCUUCAGUCUGGCGCGCCUCUUCGCAGGGGUCACGGUGCUCUCCACGCUCCAGUCCAGCCUCACCCUCUGGUCCCUGCGCGGCCUCAGCCUGCCCAUGUACGUGGUCUUCAAGCGCUGCUUGCCCCUCGUCACCCUCCUCAUCGGCGUCCUGGUGCUCAAGAACGGCAUCCCUUCCAUCGGGGUCUUGGUGGCCGUCCUCAUCACGACCUGCGGGGCAGCUCUGGCAGGUGCAGGUGACCUGACUGGUGAUCCCAUUGGGUAUGUGACUGGAGUGCUGGCCGUGUUGGUGCAUGCAGCAUAUUUGGUACUCAUUCAAAAGACGAGUGCAGAUAGUGACUAUGGGCCCCUGACAGCCCAGUAUGCCAUUGCUGUUUCAGCCACACCUUUUCUCAUAAUCCUCUCCUUUGCCAGCAUGGAUGCCAUCAAUGUCUGGUCCUUCCCAGAAUGGAAAGAUCCUGCCAUGACAUGUAUCUUUAUUGCAUGUGUCAUGAUUGGCUGUGCCAUGAAUUUUACCACCCUUCACUGCACCUACAUCAACUCAGCUGUAACCACCAGUUUUGUUGGGGUAGUGAAGAGCAUUGCAACCAUCACGGUCGGUAUGGUGGCUUUCAGUGAUGUCGAGCCCACAAAACUGUUCAUAGCAGGCGUGGUGGUAAAUACAGUUGGCUCCGUCAUUUAUUGUGUGGCUAAAUAUAUUGAAACGAGAAAACAAAGCAAUUAUGAAGACUUGGAGAAGGAAAUUAGGGAGGAGGAGAAGAAACAAUGCAAUGAAGGCCAGCCACGUUUUAUAAUGGAGGAGAUAUCCAAGGAGACAGAACACGGGGAAAUGCCAGUGGAAGAGGCAGGAAAUGGAAGCAAUAAGCAAAGCAUAGAGCAGAAGGACAGCAUUAUGGGACAAGCAAAUGCACCCACUAUCACUGAUGGUGACAUCUCUGAAGGAGUUACCAACAGCUCAUUAAAGGAUGCCUACCUUGGAGUAUGGAGGUUGGUUAGGGGGGCUAAUUAUACGAAGAAAGAUUACCUAGUAGAGAAUGAGGAGCUACCAAGUCCUUGAAGAAUAAUUUCUUACAAAUAAUCUAUCAAGAUACAUACAUUUUAUUAUUUGUGGUGAGAGUACAGAAGGACAGAUGCUUUCAUAUGUUCACAGACAACUCUUAAUUGUUUGUUAGGGAGAUUUUACCUCAUUCUGAUGGAACAAAGGCACCAUGUUCAUGCUUAGAUUCAGUGAAAUUCCAUUUUUCAGUGGGUUUUUCCACUGAUUUGCAUUUGUGUGAGAUGAGAAUCAGGCCUGGACCAACACAACAGGUACCCAAACACACACAAAAGCUUACUUUUAUAUUCACCUAAACCAAUUUUUUAAAAUUAAUAGUGUGUUCUGUAAGUAAUCCUUGAAGUACUAACAGAAUUGCUCCUAGCAGUUAAAAGCAUGAUACCCAUAAGCAAAAGCUAAAAAGAUUUGUUCCUAAGGUAAUUCAAAAGCGAGUAUCACUUGAUCCUCUGUGGUUUGAAAGCUAAACAAAAGGGAAUUGCAAAAACUGUAAGUGAGCCAUCUCAUGGGCCCCACUUACUGUCUUCCAGAUGCACUGCAAGUCCCACCCAUAUGUGGACAAUCCUUGUAGUGAAUGAACAGAAGUCAUUUAGUAAGAUCUUCCACCAUCCCAUGUUCUCUCUGUCUAGGCUGCGUUCAGAUGGUGGUUAUGUGCCUUCAAGUCGAUUACGACUUAUGGUGACCCUAUGAAUCAGUGACCUCCAACAGCAUCUGUCAUGAACCACCCUGUUCAGAUGUUGUAAGUUCAGGUCUGUGGCUUCCUUUAUGGAAUCAAUUAUCAUUUCUGCAUUUUAUUUGAACUUUCACACAAUAUAAAAGUCACUUCUGGAAAUCUAGUGGAAGUUUAGUGCUCAUUUCUGGGUUUUCUGCUUCCAGAAAAUAUCUGUUUGGAACCCCAUGAAUCCAAAAUAUCAUGGGAUUAAAGUAACUAAAUGUGGGGCAGUAUACCUACAUACAGUUCUUUCCUGCCAUUUUCCUGGGGUAAUCAUGGGGGAAUAGAAGUGCACAGGUGCAGAAAGAGUUGGGGAUAGCAACAUGUCCAAUGACAUUCAUUGUUGUGUCAUACCCCAUACCCACUUGGGUGAAUGAAACUUAGCACAACAAGGCAGUAUAUCAGUAAAAAAGCCCACAGUUUCAUAAUGUAGGAGGUACUGCAAUGUGAAAGGAACAUUCGAAAUUGGGAUAGAAGCACUAUCAUUAUAAUUAGUAAAACGAAUGCAGUAAACCCCAUGUCUAAAUGCGGCCCUAUUCUGCCUUUGCUGACAAGAUAGGUGUGGGAAGGGAACUGAGCUGUUUAUAUACCAGAUGGCCUCUGAGCUUUCUCUACUAGCUUAUUUUUAAUUAACAUAUAUAAUAACAGACAUACAUAGUGUGUUCAAGAAUACUUUGUCUACUGUAGAGUUCAGAAGUCAGGUGUUAUUUUAAAACACAUUUCAAAUGCCCAAUUAUUGUAAGAAUAUAAUAAGUUAAGCCAGCUGUCCUCAGCCUAGUGCCCCCUGGAUACUGUUGGGUUCUUAACUCCUAUCUAUCCGAGUCUGAUAUCUGUGUGGCCAAUGGUCAGGGAUUGAUGCGAGUUGUAGACCAAAAUAUAGGGACAUCAGGUUGGGGGAAGCUUCUCACAGUGGCCAAUCAGAUGCAUCCAGGAAAUAUACAUGAAGGUUUUGGAGGAAAUAGCCUGUUCCAGGGUUGCUGCCAGCAGCUGCUAUUUAGUGGCAUACAGUAUUGUUGCUGAAAACCCACUGAUAAAACAAUUCUCCAUUAAUUUGCCUAAUCCCCCUUUAAAGCCCCCUACGCUAGCAGCCACCAACAAGCCUUGUGAUAGUGAAUGCUAUACCUUAUUUAUUUAUUAAAAUUUAUAUGUUGCUUGGUUGUGAGAAACCUCUAAGCAAGUUUACAAAAAACAUUAAAAUUAUAAAUAAAACCAGAUAAAAACAAGUAAUUAAAAACAUUUUUUUAAAAAAUGAUUAAAACAAUAGUAGACUAAAAAGAGAUCCAUGUAUCUCGAUAGGCUCGCCUAAACAAAAAAUGUUUUAAGCAGACACCUAAAAGAGUAUAGUGCAGGUGCCUGCCUGAUGUCAAUACGCAGGGAGUUCCAAAGCACAGGUGCUGCCACACUAAAAGAAUGAUUUCUUACAAGUGCAGAAUAUUAUGUGGCACCUGUAACCGUGCCAGUUUCACAGAUGGAAGUGGUCGAGUAGGCACAUAUGGGGUAAUGUGAUCCCACAAGUAAACUGGUCCCAAGCUAUUAAGGGCUUUAUAUACCAGUAGUACCACCUUGAAUCUGGCCUGGUAACAAAUCAGUAAUCAAUGCAGAUUAUGUGUGGUAUGAAGAAGUACUGUCUUUUGUUUUACAUCAGAAGCAUUAUAAAAUGGGUUAGGGCAGUAUGUUAGGGGAAACAUUUGUGGAAAGGAGUUGCUGAGAAUCCAGAGGUCAGGUAUUUGGUGCAGUGUGACUUGUGAGAGAGGAAGACACAGUGGUGUCAUCCUGCCUGUGGAAAGAAAAUUGGUUUUGAGGGCAAUUCAAAUCUCAUGGAUUUAAUCCUCAACUGCUUCAACCCAUCAGCCUCUUUUGCACAACACAGUAAACCAAACUAAGGCUUACUGGGUGUGUGAGAGUCCCAAACUAUAGCUUACUGAGUAAGCCUUACUGGGACCACAUAAAUGUGCAGGGUCCCAGAGCAGAGCUCUUUUUACUCUUGCACUGCACUGAGCUAUGGUUUGGCUUAACAUGUCGUCUAAACCUGGUCUGCUUUCACACUGCACUUUAUUCCGUUAUUUUGAUGAUUUCUUACCUGGUAAUUUGUGCAUUAUAUUUGAUCUUUCACACGACGUACAAGCUGGUUUCUCAUGAUGUACAAGCUAGUGCAAGUUUAGCGCUAAAUUUUGUUAUAAAUAAUACCUGAAAUAAUCCGUUUGCAAGUUUGGGAAUCUGGAAAAUUAAGGGAGUUUUCACUAGCUGCAGCCGCUCACGUGACAGGCAUCCCAGCAUGUAGUGUGCUCCCACUGUUUAGGUGCAUGUUUUUUUGCCUGACAAAAAUUAUACUGGUAUUCCAGGUUAGGUGUGGGUAGAAGCAGCAUUUCCACCACCACUCCACACACACACACUGUGUCCAUAUAACAACAACAGUCAGAUUCUAAAGGUAGAGGGGUUGUAUAGUGAUGGGAUGAGAUCUUAGACCUCCUACACAGUGUGGAACUACAGUGCGUAUGUGUGUAACAGGAGAGAGACAAAAACAAGAUGUUGUUCAUUGCAGCUUUGCAACAGACAUUUGUGUGAAAUGCCAGUAUAUCACCUGAAAAAGCUACUGUUCCUUGACGCAAUCCUUCUAAAAGGAAUUUUAGAAAUCGGGACAGAAGCACUACCAUUUUAAUCUGUUAAACUAAUGCAAUAAGCCCAUGUCUGAAAGCAGCUCUGGGCUUAUGGUUAAGCACUUUCUUCACUAAUCAUGAGCUGAAGCAAGAACAAACCUUGGCUACAGCAUGUGGUUAGCAAGGAGAGAGCUCAACCAUGAGCCUGGGUUUGGACAACACACUAAGUCAUACUAUGGCUUAGGGUACUUCCAAAUCCUGAAAUUUUUGUAGCCACCCUCUGUGAACUCAAAGCUGACACAUGCAAACUUCUGAUAUAAGUUAGGAACAUGUCAAAACUCAUCUACAAGUUUCACCCAAGGCAAGCACAUGUAUACUGUUUUUAUUUCAUAAAUAAGGCCUCACCUCUACACAAAAGACCCUUCUGCUGCUGCUCUGUUCUCUAUGUCACAUUCCCAAAUCCAUUUGCAGACCACCCUUCCUGAUCUGGGUAUUGCAAGGAAAGGAAGAACGAAAAAGCAAGGUGCUGAAGCAAGGGAAUUAAUUUGCGCCCCUUUUCCUUGAGGUGCACUGAGAAUGAACAAAGGGCCAAAGACAGAGACUAUAGGCACAAGUCAGUUGCUCCAAUAGCCUUGCUUUGUCACUGAAGGUGAAAUUUUUACUAUAGGCAUGGCUGAAUGCAGCUCCUGCCCAGUCCAUUUAUUUCAAUGUGCCUUGUGCUCAUUAAAACCUUACUGAAGUAAAUGGCGUUUAGAUUAUAUCUGUGGUGACAUCAAGAGAGCAUUUGUCUAUUAUCUGAAUGAUUCUCCUCUGCAUCAUACACAGAGCUCAGUAUGCCAUACGGAUCUCGGGCUUUACAUGCAGAAGGUCCCUGUUUCAAUCCCUAGCACCCCCAAUUAAAGGAUAAGAGAUAGCAAGGCUAGGAAAUACCCACCUGAGCCUUUGGAGAGGAGUCAGAGUAGAUAAGUGGCUUUUGAAUCCUGUUCCAGGGAAACCUUGUAGUUCCUCAUCAUAGCUUUCCUUCCCUAAGAAGAUCAGUAAUGGUGGACUAAUUUCCCUGAGAGAUAGCUUGCCUACUAACCUUCCCUAGCUAGCCGUGUCCAGCCACAGGAGAAUAUUGUGUAUGCUGAUAUACUUGACUUGAUAUACUUCAGCUCCAUAUAUUGUUUGCAUUCUAGCAUAUCUGUUGCUUUAUCAUUAGUUUAAAUAUGUAUUUAUUUAAUAAAUAAUCUACAUUGGACUGUUAAAAUAGUUCCAUACUAUUAUCUGUAGGCAGGUGUGGUUCAGUAAAUUAGAAAAUUACUUUGUAAAUUAGUAGGCCAAAUUACGCAGUAGUAAUUCCAGAUGGCUUUUUAACUGUGUUCAACAUGCCAUGAUUUUUAACUAUACAACUCCUUGUUACCUGGAUGUAGAAUGUGCUAUGGAAUGCUAGCUCUCCACCUAAUAAGUAAUGGUGCCUUUUCCACAAGCUUUGUGGGGAAAGUCCUGGUUUGCUGCUUUUAAAGUGCUAGUAGAAACAUCUGAAAAUACCAACAGUAUUGGCCAUUUUAAGAAUGUGCUGUUAAACCUUUGUAUAGUGUAAAAAAAAAGAGAGAGAGAGAGAGGGAGGGAGAAAUACUGGUGGUUAUGCUCUAUCUCUGCUCAUAGCUUAACAUAGAUGUUUAAGAAUUCCUGGCUUUAAAAAUUGGGGAUUUGGUAAAUACAGCCUAGGGGUUUUUUUUCCAAUGAAAGAGACUGUUGUAAAAAUAAUACAACUGUUGCCUUAUGGUGAGGCAUUUUAACUGUAUAAAAGAACACUUCAAUUAAUCUGGGGAAUGAGACA